GUGGGCUUGUGGGGGCAGCAUCUCUGGCUCUAGCAGGCUCGAGGGGGCAGCUUCUCUGGCUCUAGCGGGCUCCAUGCAGGCUGGGAUGAUGCCGGCUGGUGUCAGGCUCCUGGCCUGGGGCUGGCUGCUCCUGCCCGUCUGCAGGGCGCUGGAAGACUGCGCCGCCUGCGUCUUCCCCUUCAUCUACCAGGGGCGAUCGUACCCCACGUGCACCCAGGAUGGGAGCUGGGCCGGGUGGACACUGUGGUGCGCCACCACCGCCAACUAUGACCAGGACUCCCGCUGGAAGCGCUGCUAUGAGACGGAGUAUGGAGGCAACACAGACGGCCAGCCCUGUGUCUUCCCCUUCGUGUACCGGGGCCGGGCGUUCUACACCUGCACCGAUGAGGCCGCCAAGCCACGCAGGUUCUGGUGCGCCACCACAAGGAACUACGACCGGGACCGGCGCUGGAGCUACUGUGCCGACACCCUACUGGCCGGCAAUUCCACGGCUCCUUGCGCCUUCCCGUUCACCUACCAGAACCGGACCUACUUGGGCUGCACGGCACAUGGGGAUGCCAGCGGGAGGCCCUGGUGUUCUCUGACCAGGAACUAUGAUGUGGACCAGAAACGCAUGUACUGUCUGGACUCAGAUGGGCGCCCGGCUGACACAGUGGAGACCUCAGCCCUGACCUUGCUCCCCCAACCUUUCUCCAGAGCCGGCAGGCGGGGAGCUGAACAGGGCCGGCAGGGGAGGAAGAGACGUUGGGCGAGAAAGUCCACGGGCCAGUCAAGAUCCAGCCAUUAACACAGGUGACGUGGCUGCGUGGCUACUCCAGAACCUUCCCCCUGCACCUGGAGCCGCGAAAGCCUAGAGAACAGGGUGUUAAAAUCCAGCCCCUAGCGGCCUGCAUUUUGCUGGGCUUUGCUCCUAUCUCUGUCCCCUUGCCUGUCCUGCUCCCCCCAGCAGCCACACACCCCCUGCAUCCAGCUCCCGCGCUCACACAGACUCUCGGAGCCCCCUGCUCUUUGGACAGCUGGGCCCUGCAGCCUAGAUGUCUGGGG